AUGAUUGAGAACGAGCGGAGCGCCGGGCGGAUACAACCCUGCCCCUCCCCCCUCCCCCCUCGUCUUCGUCUCCGCGGCCUCUGCUCGCGACGCCUGCUCCACAUCUCACGAUGGAGCCCCACGUCGCGUUCCCGUCCAUCAAGCGAGAGCGCGACGCGGUCGACUCGUCUCCUGGGCUCGGCGGAGCGACGCGGAGACUCCGGCGAUGCCGCCGCCGCGCUGUGGAGUGAGUGGGACGCAGAGGAGAAGCCCAGCGCUGAGACUCUGCGGGCGGCGGCGGCGGCGGCGCUGGCGGUGAAGGACGAAGAGGGAAGCUGCGUUCCGUGCUUGAGCAUCGUCAAAGUGGAGGAGGAGGAGAGCGACACUCCGGAAGAGCCGGAAGGUCACCACGGAGAUCCGGCCACCGAGGACCAAAACUUUAUCGAGGUGGAGCUGUCGGAUGAAGAUAUUUGCAAAGGCGAAGCGACGGACGAGCGGGACGGUGGACGCCUGUGCGCCGCGUGCGCCGAUGACCCCGGGGGAUACUUUGACGCGGAGCCACGCGGCGGCGACACAGACGGCGGCGACGACGGCGGCGACGACUCCGGCGGCCGCACGCCGGGGGGCUGCGUGCGCUGCGGCGAGCCGCUCGGAGAUCCUCCGGAGACGCCGCCAACGCCGCCGGCGCCGCGGCGCGCCGGUGCCGGUGCCAAGGCGGAACGCCGGGCGUCCCACGAAUGCGCCGAAUGCGGCCGCGCCUUCUCGAGCAACUCGAACCUGGUGCGGCACUCGCGCAUCCACAGCGGCGAGCGGCCGUUCGCGUGCGCCGAGUGCGGCAAGGGCUUCGCCGACCCCUACCGGCUGAAGGCGCACGCCGCCACGCACUCGGGCGGCUGGCGGCACGCGUGCGCCGAGUGCGGGAAGGCCUUCUCGUGCCCCUCCAAGCUGAGGACCCACGCCGCCACGCACACCGGCGAGCGUCCGCACGUCUGCGGCGAGUGCGGCCGCGGCUUCUCGCAGCGCUCCAACCUCAAGCAGCACGCGCUGACGCACGCGGCCGAGAAGGCGCACGCGUGCGCCGAGUGCGGCAAGCGCUUCUCGCACCCCUCCUACCUGCGUGCGCACUCCAUCACGCACACGGGGGACACGCGGCACGCGUGCGGCGAGUGCGGCAAGAAGUUCACGCGGCGCUCCAACCUGGAGGCGCACGCGCGCAUCCACACGGGCGAGCGCCCGCACGCCUGCCCCGUGUGCGGCAAGCGCUUCCUGCACCGCUCCUACCUCAAGCUGCACGCCGCCACGCACACGGGCGAGCGCCCGCACGCCUGCGACGAGUGCGGCAAGCGCUUCACGCAGCGCUCCAACCUGGAGCGGCACGCCGCCAUUCACGCGGGCGAGCGUCCGCACGCCUGCCCCGACUGCGGGAAGGCCUUCGCGCACCGCUACUACCUCAAGCAGCACUCGUACGUGCACGCCGGCGAGAGGCCGCACGCGUGCCCUGUCUGCGGCAAGGGCUUCGCCCACCCGUCGCUGCUGGAGAAGCACGCGGCGGCGCACGCCCCGUCCCCGCCGCACUCGUGCGGCGACUGCGGCCGCGGCUUCGCGCACCGCUACAACCUGGAGGCCCACCGCAGGACGCACACGGGGGAGCGGCCGCACGCCUGCAAGGAGUGCGGCAAGCGCUUCGCCAUGCAGUCGGGGCUCGAGCGCCACUUCCGCACGCACACGGGCGAGCGGGCAUACGCCUGCGCCGAGUGUGGCAAGGCGUUCUCGCAGAGCUCGCACCUGCGGGUGCACGCGCGCACCCACACCGGGGAGCGGCCGUACGUGUGCCGGGAGUGCGGCAAGGGCUUCUCGCACAGCUCCAAGCUGCGGCGGCACGGCAAGGUGCACGCCGCCCGCUGUCCCGAUCUGAGCCUCGUCAAAGUGGAGAGGCCGGAGGAGAGAGGAGACACGGAGAGCGUAGACCGCAACUUCAUCGAGGUGGAACUCGAGGAGGAGGAGGAGGGCGGCAUGGGUCAUGGUGGAGGAGCGGCUCACAUUCGAAUGGCAACCCUCCACCCCAAGAAGACUUUUACCACGCGCCGCGAGGCCAUCCACGGCAUCCAAGACUUUGCUUUGCAACAAGGCAAGCGCGCGGUCCUUGACCUCAAGCGAAGCGGCGGACGGCACGUUGCCAUCGUCUGCUCUAGUUCAACACCUUGUUCCUUCAAGGUGAAGCUGACGAAGCUCACGGGGGAACGACGUGGCUUCCGCGUCUCGGCGCUGUGCACGGAUCACCACGGCUGCACGGGCACUGCCAAGAUCACGCAGCGCCAAGUGGAGGUGAACACGACAGCCCGUUCGGCCUUUCGCGCCAACCCCCGUACCUCCGCACCGACUGUCAUUGCCCAGGUCGCCGACAUUGCUCGCGUCAUUGUCCCGACCCGGAUGAUGUACCGCGCCAAGGACACGUGCAUCGCGGCGAACGAGAGUGCGGCCCAUGCAGGCUUCGAGUUCAUCAACUCGCUGGUGGAGACGUUCGGCAAGCUCAACGCGACGAUCUGCAGUGUGCGAGAAGACGCGGGCAUCUUCUGGGGUGCGUUCAUCUGCAACCCGAUCGCACGCUCGUUGCAGCCAAGUCUUCAACGCGUCGUCGGCAUCGACGGGUCGCACAUGAAGGCGCGCGCCUACAAUGGAACCAUGCUCGUCCUCGUUGGGCGCGACGGCAACAACCGCAACGUCCUUCUCGCCGUGGCGCUGGUGCCGUCCGAGACGGCAGCGGCCUACGACUGGUUUCUCAACUGCUGCACGACCAACGACAUCGAGCUCGACGGCACGCCGGUCUUCUGCGAUCGUGGCACGGGCAUCCUAGCCUCCGACUGGAAGGACCUCAUGCUCAUCCACUGCACGCGGCAUUUGAUCUGCAACGGCGUGGACAACAUCGGCUCCGCGUUCACGCCCGACCUCCAAGGCAUCAUCUACGAUGCCCAAGGGUGCGCCUCCGAGGCCGCGUUCCGCAGCUCCUUGGGCUGCUUGGGCGUAGCUCUGCCUGCGGCGGCCACGUACUACAACAAGAUCGACCCCCACACGUGGGCGCUCUACCCGCACCUGCACACGACGCCAUUGUACGGCUGGCGCACGACGAACUUUGUGGAGUCCACGAACAGCGAGGCCCUGCCGGCUCGCGAGAUGGACCCCUUCCACUUCCUCAUGCACCACAUGGAAGACAUGAUGACGACGGCCUUUGCCCACCGCAGCGACGCCGAGAAGUGGGCCGCUCAAGGGCGUGUCAUUACGCCGUACGCUCAAGGACUCAUCGACGCUCAGCAGGCGUUGGCCCCGAGGUACAAGGUCUACGAGAGUACCUCGACGCGUGCAUACGUCAAGGAUCCAGACGCCUACGCCUCUGCCAAGCGCCGAGUCGAUCUCAGCUCUCGGUCGUGCACGUGCGGGUACAUGAAGCAGAUGGGCUUGCCGUGUCGGCACUACAUUCGUGCCCUCAUGGCGUUUGGGCGGAUGCCCGAGCUCUACGACGCAUGUGCGGUGUGUUACCAAGUCUCUGCCAUCAACACGACAUGGACCUCGGUUGCCGGUAUCGAGCUGCCCAUUGCCGAGGAGCUGCAACGCGACAACACCAUGAUGCCACCUCCUCGCCAGAAGAAGGCUGGCCGCCCGAAGAAGCGUCGGAUUCGCAACCGUGGCGAAGGUGGCCCAUUGGGCCUCACGCGGUGCUCCUUCUGUCACGCCAAGGGCCACAACAAACGCUCUUGCCCGUCGAAGGUACUGUAUGUCUGGAACUUCAGCCUGUCGCGUCACGCCGUCACGCACUCGGGGGAGCAGCCGCACGUGUGCCCCGUUUGCGGCAAGGGCUUCUUGUGUUUUAUUUUUAUUAUUUUAUUAUUUCCCUUCUACGUGACGACUUUAACCGAAAGAACCAAUAAGACCGCAGCCACCGCCGCGCCACUCCCGCUAACCGAUCGAUCCGCGUCGCCCCCGGCGCACGUUAACCACCGCCGGCGUCACCUUCUAUUUCUGUGUCUCACGGAAACCGGCGAAGGCGACGACGACGACGGUGACGACGGCGAGCGGAGGAGGAGGGGGAGGAAGCGAGGCGGCGGCGUCGUCGGCGUCGUCGGCGGCGUCGCCGCGAGGACGCACGAGUGCGGCGAGUGUGGCAAGUCCUUCUCGAGCAAGUUCAGCCUGACGCGUCACGCCGUCACGCACUCGGGGGAGCAGCCGCACGUGUGCCCCGUGUGCGGCAAGGGCUUCUCCUACCGCCAGAGCCUGGCGGCGCACGGGCGCACCCACACCGGCGAGCGUCCGCACGCCUGCCCGGCCUGCGGCAAGCGCUUCGCCGAGCGCUCGGGCCUGGAGGUCCACUCGCGGACGCACACGGGCGAGCGUCCGCACGCCUGCCCCGAGUGCGGCAGGGCCUUCUCCCACCACAGCAACCUCAAGAAGCACCGGCGGUCGCACUCAGGGGAGCGCCCCUUCUCCUGCGAGCUGUGCGGCAAGCGCUUCGCCAAGAGCUCCGUGCUGCGGAUGCACUACCGCACGCACUCGGGCGAGAGGCCUCAUGUCUGCGCCGAGUGCGGCCGGGGAUUCACGCAGAGCUACGACCUGGUGGAGCACCGGCGCACGCACACGGGCGAGCGUCCGCACGCUUGCGACGAGUGCGGAAAGCGCUUCUCCCGCAGCGAGUACCUCAAGGUGCACGGGCGCACGCACACGGGAGAGAAGCCGUACGCCUGCGACGACUGCGGCAAGCGCUUCACCCGGCGGGAGUACCUCAAGGUGCACGCCAGGAAGCACGCGGGCGAGGGGGCGCUGGGAGCGGCGCCGGCGCUGGGAGCGGCGCUGGGAGCCGGCCGCGAGUAAACGCCACGACACGCCGCCGGCAAUGGGGGCAGAAGUUGACGAUCGCUACGCGUGGCUGUGUGCGCGUGGUGAUGCCACCGCCGCUUAGUGGUGAAUGGCGGUUGUUGUUGUUGUGUGGGGAGCGGUGGUGUAGCGGUCAGCGCUACGACCACGGCGACCCGAGUUCGAUUCCCGCUCACGGCCAACACCGGUGACGAUUAUUUCAACCGGUCCUGGGCCUCUCCUAGGUUGACUCAGCAUCAAACAAGUAACUGGUGUGUUGUGUGUGAACAUCGCCACUUGGGAGACAAAGGCGGCCGGGCGUGGUGAACCCAAGUCCCGGGCAAAGCCGGGUAGUACGGCUCGUACCUGAUGAUCUCUUGUGAUCUAUAACCUCGUGCCACGGAAGAUCUCUCUAGUUCAGCAGUUCUCACCUGAUGACGGCCGCCUGGGUUGUGAUCGAAACGUCGCGAUCUGUGAUGUCUCUGAAAGUGUUGUUGUUGUUCGGGAAAAGUUUGUAAGGAACAGGAGAGAGAUGAAGAGCUCACAGACAAUGUCUAGACGACGACAUCACAAGAGAUUGGUGCCAGACGUGGCCACCAGAACACACGACGGAAUGUGCAGUGGACACCUGCAGGGCUCUCUGUGCCCAGCCCGUGGAUUGGGAUGAUGAUGUUGAUGCACUACGCUAUACACUGCUACACAGUAUACUACUAUACACUACACUAUACACUAUACUAUAUACUGCUAUACACUACCCUAUUAUACACUCCACUAUACACAACACUAUAUACUACUAUAUACUACUAUACACUACACUAUAUACUACUCUACACUACCCUACUAUACACUACACUAUAUACUACUACACAAUACACUACUAUACACUACGCUAUACACUACUACACACACUAUACACUACUACACACACUAUACACUACUACACAGUACACUACUAUACACUACACAAUAUACUACUAUACACUAUCCUACUAUACACUCCACGAUACACUACGCUAUACACGACUACACAGUACACUACUAUACACUACACUAUAUACUACUCUACACUACCCUACUAUACACGAUACACUACACAGUAUACUACUACACAGUACACUACGAUACACUACUACACAGUACACUACUACACAGUACACUAUAUACCACUCUACACUGUACACCACACUAUACACUACAUUAUACACCACUACAUUAUACACCACUACACAGUACACUACUAUACACUACACUAUAUACUACACAGUACACUACACUAUACACUACUACACAGUACACUACACUAUACAAUACUACACAGUAUACUACUAUACGCUCCACUAUAUACUAUGCACUACACUAUACACUACUAUACACGACCCUACUAUACACUACUAUACACUACACUAUACACUACUACACAGUAUACUACUAUACAUUACUAUACACUACACUAUAUACUACACUAUAUACUACACAACACACUACACUAUACACUACACUACGACGGAGCCAGGCCAUUGCUGCUUUGGAUCUUCCAAGUACAGUCUGGUUCUCCUGUAGCCGGGCGGUUGUUGCGUUACUAAAGAACAGCGCGUUAUGUAAAAGUCGCGUUAUAAUCUAUAAUACAGGGAGCAAAGCAUCGUCCGCGAUAACACGUGAGAUGCGUACGCAGGCCAAACAAUGUCCGAGGCGCGUGGGUAGGUCGCGUCGAGAAGUAUCCAGCAGCAUCCCGAUGCCUCGUGCGUGUUCGCGAUGACGAUGCCACCGCUUCUCCCUACUCGCGUUACAAUCUCUGGAUCCAAUCCGUGUCGUUUAAAAACGCCUUCCCUAACGCAACGUUCAUCGUAGUUGCUGCAGAUAUCGGAUUCGCGUUCUGAAAACAACCACCACCACCUCGGCGUGAUGGGGGAGAAACGCAGGCUGGAGUUGCUUAUUCGCGAUGUCGUGAGAGUUUUUUGUGAAAUAGCCACCAGCCAUGCCCUGUUGUGCUUUGCUUGGAGGAGCUCGUUAUACUGGUAGGAACGAAGUGAACCAGCCUACAAUAGAUUAUAUCGUCCGUCCGUCCGUCCGAUGUCCGAUUAGGUGUAACAACAUCGCCCCCUACUGCAAACACUUGGCAGGACCCUACAAAAACCUUUAGACUCAGUGAGGCUUUCCUGGCUAAACAAGUGUAACAUUCCCUUAUAAUUCCCUGAGAUAGUUUUUAAUUAAAACAUUUAAAUUUAACUCACAGCGGCCUAAAGCCUACAGCUAGGCCUAAAGCCUAGAACUAGGCCUCAAACUAUCCCUUCGUAUCGUACCCCCGCCAUUUCAUUUUAUUAUAGCCAUUCAUUUGUUCGUUCCUACCAGCCCACCCCGCAGGGACCUGUUUAUCGUCGUCAUUUAGCGUAUACGGUAGUAACGCUUAUAACCGCGAUGUGUGGAGUAGCUCUGCUCGUGUGAUGUUUGUGAUAAACGCCGCCUCCCAUUGCCACUCCCUGUGUGGGUUUUUGUUGCCGUUGAUCGAGUCGCAUGGCGGGAGGGAAAGAAACGGAGGACCCGGAGAAAAUUCCACGCGACCACGAGGAGAGAGAGAGAGAGAGAGACACGCAGACUCCGAAUAUACAGCAGCAGGCGUCGGGAUCGAACCCACGACCUCCAGCAUACCGGGCGAUGUAGUUAACAUCUCGCCACCGCCGACUUAGGAACAGGCUUCAUACCUUUAAGAAUGGGAUUUGCAACAAACCUGACACCUUUUUUACAAGGAGUCAUGUUUGCAUAGACCACAAUACCUGCAGUCAUAAUGCAAACAAAAAACACAACUCUGAUAAUGUAUGCACUGUCCUUGAAGUUGAUUGGCCCACACCCGAGACAAUUCGUAAAUAGGUGUAGGUCUACAAUCUUGUCCCUGACAUCCUUGGAGAGCUCUUUGGUCUUGGCCAUGGUGGAGAGUUAGGAAACUGAUUGAUUGAUUGCUUCUGGGAACAGGUGUCUUUUAUACAGGUAACAAGUUGAGAUUAGGAGAUUUUUUGUUUGUUGUCGACCAGUUUUAUCAGAACGUUAUGCCACAAGUCCUGUGUGCGGUUAAAGCAGACUUGAUGAUGCCUCGCAAUGGCCGUGCGUGUGUUGGCGUUUAUUACCAGAAAGGGUUAGGAACCCACUGUUUUCACAAUCGCUCAAACGAUUCACGUUCCACGUCGCCUCCGCGUUUAAAGACCACGCCGGCGUUUAAUGUUCAAGCGUCACGUGUGUUUAGCACCCAACGCGGCGAAAACUCGGCUACGCGCUCGCACGACGCCGUGACGCGCACGCAAAGCUCGCCAACGAGAAGAACCGGACGCGGGUUUUGCUUAAAUACUCGUUACGUUUGCCGGCGACAUUUUCCACACAUUCGUGUUAUUAAAAUUUUCGGUUGAGAGUAAAAAAAAAUGAAUAUUUA